AUGGUCCCAGAAGCAGAUCUGCAAAGGUCAUGGCAAGCAGCCAAGGUGGAGGACCUAAACGUGGACUCCAACUUCACGGACGCGAUUGCAGAAAAUGGCCACGGCAACGACGACGAGUGUCUCAAGGCCGGUCAAGAAGCCAUGAUGCGGCUGGACCCGCGCGUGGUGCAGCAGCUCAAGGACUGGCAAGCGCUCCUGGGAUACUCAACUGAGAACUGGCCGGACCCUAUCAUCGGCUGA